AUGACAAUUUUGGUUCUUCACGAGUUGGUAAGGUGUCUGAUCUUCGCCACAACCUUCACCGCCACGUUGGCUACUUUCGGAAAAGAACAUGUGCAUAUAAGGAUUCACGUACCCGAGAUAGUCCAGCACGAAGAAAAGAAAAUCAUCAAAUACGAAGAUCAUGGGGGACAUGAUCACGGAGGAGUUACUUCACCUGGAGGAGGAGGAGGAGGAGGUCACGGGGGUGGUUUUGGAGGCGGACACGGGGGAGGAGGUGGGUUCGGCGGUGGUUUCGGUGGACACGGAGGAGGUGGAUUUGGAGGUGGUUUCGGUGGACACGGAGGCGGUGGACACGGAGGAGGUGGUGGAGAUCACGCGAUAAUAAUCACUUCACCUGGAGGAGGAGGAGGAGGAGGAGGUCACGGGGGUGGUUUUGGAGGCGGACACGGCGGAGGUUUUGGGGGUGGUGGCCAUGGAGGUGGUGGAGGAUACGGAGGUGGAGGUGGAGGUGGUUUCGACGACCACCACGGUGGAGGCGGUUUUGGAGGCGGUGGUGGUUUCGACGACCAUCAUGGUGGUGGAGGUUUCGGAGGAGGAGGAGGUGGUGGUGGUAGUUUCGAUGACCAUCACGGUGGCGGAGGAUUCGGAGGAGGAGGUGGAUAUGGGGGUGGCGGUGGUUUCGACGACCAUCACGGCGGUGGAGGUUUCGGAGGAGGCGGUGGUGGUGGUUUUGGCGAUCAUCACGGCGGGGGAGGCUUUGGAGGAGGCGGUGGUGGUGGUUUCGACGACCAUCACGGUGGUGGAGGCUUCGGAGGAGGCGGGGGUGGUGGUUUCGACGACCAUCACGGUGGGGGAGGCUUUGGAGGAGGAGGCGGCGGUGGUUUUGGUGAUCACCACGGUGGAGGAGGCUAUGGAGGAGGAGGAGGAGGAGGAGGUGGUGGUUUUGGUGACCAUCAUGGUGGAGGAGGAGGUGGAUAUGGAGGUGGUGGCGGCGGUGGAUUUGAUCACCAUUCCAUCAGUAAUAGUAUAUCUUCUGGCUUUGGUAGCAGUGGCCAUGGAGGAGGAGGAGGGGGAGGAGGUGGAUACAGUUCUGGCGGUGGCUACGACUCGUAUUCAAGUGGAGGCGGCGGUCUCGGCGGCGGUCAUGGUGGCGGUCAUGGUGGCGGUCACGGUGGUGGUUUCUCAGGAUACCACAAGAAAAAGUAA